CACGCGAUGAAGUGGGUCCGUGUUUUCGGCCAAUCAAUCUCUACCAAUACAACGGCGAGCCUGCCCCACAUCGAAAAAAAAAGUGCGACUACACCCUCAGCGGCGACAUUCACUCACCAACUCACCAACAACUCUUCAUAACAUCAUUAUUCAGCAUUUGGCCAAAAUUUUCCAGGAGCUUGAGUCUCGAAAAGAUUGGACUCAUAAUAACACGAGCUUCCUCAUAGCUGUACCCCGUCAGUGAAACCGUCACCAAGAAUUUGAUCGCUGGCCCCCGGCCCGUCAUCACAUAUUCACACCCGAAAUGGUCACCACACGGAACGGGAAGCGCACAGCCGCCGAGGCGCCGGCGACCGAGACCACCAAGAAGCAGAAGCUGCCAGUCAGGUCAAAAGACGGCAAGACUACGCCCAAGAAAUCCUCCGGCAAGAAGGAUGAGAGCAGCCAGCCGUCGUCAAAGAGGAGAUCAUCGCUUGUCGUCGAGCUGAGGUCGGAGGCGAACCUAUGUGACGCCCAGGAGGUUCACGAGCAGCAGAUUAUCACAGGCGCCGAGCAGCCGGCCCCGGAACCAGAAGCAGGGGAGGAAAGGCUCAUCAACGAUUCGGAGGCGUCCGUGAGCGAUGGCCAGGCCGCGGAGAAGACGACGGCGCUGGUCGCCGAGGGGGAUGACGGCUCAGACUCGGACGAGGCGCCCGAGGCCGUUUCCACGUCCAAGGCUGCGGUACAGGCCAAGAAGUCUGCACAGGCAGCCAACAAGGCCAUCGCAGAACAACAAGCCGCCCAAAAGCGCAAGCGCCAAGAGCGCAACGCCCGCCUUCAGGAGCAGGCCGCGGCGCGCAAGGCUCAGGAGGACGCGGCCCAGGCGGAGGAGUCGAACGAAGAGGAGGCCCAAUCAGCCCCGGCACCGGAGACGACCGGACGCCGGAGGCUCAACAAGCUUGACCUCCCCUCCGAGCUCCCGGCCGAGUACCUCGACUCCGACUCAGAAGACGAGGGCGGCGGCGACGGCGAGACAGGCGGGAAGGCCCGCAAGGCGCUCAAGCUGCACACGGCGGAGGCGCAGUUGGCGCGCGAGAGUCGCGGGCCCAAGGACGAGGUCGUCGGGUCGACGCUGUUCCGGGUUGUCAAGAAGGAGGACGAGAGGCUGGCGCCCAAGGCGCAGAAGUCCUCGGUCAACGCCAAAAAGGCGCUGCUGGCGCGCGGCAGGGCGCCCGUGAAGGCGCGUAGGGGAUUCUUGGUCUGAGCCUUGCGUGUGUAUGGGAGAUUCGUGCUUAAUGGGGGGGGAGGGUGGGGCGCGGCACU